UACUGCGGGGGAAAUCCUGUGUUUUAGCUAAAGAAGUGUAAUUAAUUCCACGAUGUUCCAGCAGACGUUUAAGAAUUUCCACAUCAACUUUAAUGCGGUGAACGUUCGUAACAUUUACACGAGCGGAGACGUUUUGUCGGGUCACGUUUCGUUCGACCUCAGCAAAGAGACGAAGAUCACCUCGAUAUCACUGACCCUGAGCGGGAAGGCAUCUGUCCACUGGUCCAAGGGAGGAGGAGGAGGCAGGAGGAGAAGCCGCAGGAGAAACUACUCCGCCAAACUCAAGUUCUUCGAGUUCUCCUUUUCUAUUCUACAGGAAAACCGUCAGUCCUCUGAGACCAAACUUCUGCCUGGAACUCAUCUUUAUCCCUUUUCAUGUCAGCUGCCGCAGGGAGACUUCCCGUCUUCCUUCCAUGGGGUUCAUGGACACAUAGUUUACAGCCUGACAGUGAGCAUCAGCAGACCCUGGCAUCUGUCAAAGGAUUUUGUGACAGAGAUCAACUAUGUGAACCACAUUAAUGCCAACCAGCCACAGUUGUGGUCUCCUCUUUCAGGCUCCAACCACAUGACAUUAUGUUGUCUGUGGUGUGCUUCUGGCCCAAUUUUACUAACUGCCCAGAUGGAGAAGAAAGUCUUCAAUCCUGGUGAAACUGUGAAAAUAACAUGCAAAUUUAGCAAUGCUUCAUCUCGAACUGCUACUCCAAAGGUGACUCUGCAACAGAAACAGAUUUUCUACACCCACAGCAGGGCCAGUAAGAGGUUGGUCGUAAAGCAGUUGGCAUCGGUAGUCGGACAGCCCGUUAGACCUCAUGUCUCUGAUGUGCACACUGAGAUCACUCUUACUGUUCCCUCCACUGCGGCAUUCACCAUCUCCAACUGUAGCAUCCUGGAGGUUGAUUACGUAAUUGAGGUGAACCUUUGUGUUAAAGCUUCUCCUGACCUAACGGUACUGUUCCCCAUCAUCCUGUGUGAUACCCCUGAAUAUGCUCGUCCGCCACCUGUUUUGUGAGCACAUCUGGCAAUUUCAACAGCUUUGUCAUGACCGUAAGUAUAAUGUACAGUUCUAAAGUUUUUUUUCAUGUUACCUGUUGAUGAAAUGGUCAUCUAAGCUGUUUCACAACUCUGUGACGUCCCAAUCUGAUUCAGAGAGCCUUAUUUGUUGUUCGUGCUCACUUGACCAAGAAUGAACUUUUGCCACUUAAAACCAAAUGUUUACACCUUAACGUAGAUUGUGUGUUGAGAAAUUAUCUGUUGUAUUUAAUUGUAAUUAUCUGUUAUGUCUGUUGUAUACUUCGUGUUCAGAUUUGUCUUUAAGAAGGUAUUCCUCAUGCUUUUUGUUAAUUUCUUUGUUUUUAAGAUGCCAGAUGAUUGAAUUGCAUCUCAUUUCUGGACUGUACUAAGUUUAGACUUUUAGUCCGUUAGAAUGAACAAAAGCAGAGGUAUUGCUCUUUGGCUUGCUUUGCGUUUGAUUUAGUGCUUAUGUCACAUUAUUCAGGGAAUAUUUACAUUCAUAGUACAGAUGUAAUUCAAAAAUGUUUUGGUUUUCUUCAUUUCAGUUCAGAUUGUUUUUCUUCUUUCUGAAACAUAAAUAUGUAUUUCACUUAUGAGUAAAGUCAAAUUUAUAACUUUAAAAACUCAAACUUUCUCUGUAUUCAAACUGUUAUAAACUUAUAUAGACCUGAAAUACUUAUUUGUUUAACAGAUUAAUCUGUUGACAGAAA